CGCCUCCACAGCCGUUUUGCCUCAAGCCUUUCUCUGGCGCAAGGCCCGACGCUGGACCCACUCGCUUGCUCGACCGACCAGUCGCCCGUGGGCCGCACGCGGCUAUGCCCCUCGUGCGCGCAUGCCUGUGGCCGCGACGAAGGCGAGCACGGCGGCGAGGGUGACGGUCCUGACCCGCCUCCCGAUCUCCCUCGGCGUGGCGCUCCGCUGGCUUCGCUGGGCGCCAGGACGGCAUGCCGGCCGGGUCCUCCUGCAUCGCGCCGCUGCUGCUCGGCUCGCUGCUGCUCUGCGUCGUGCUUCUCUUCCUCCUCCUCGCGGUGCACGGCCGCGCGGAGGCCCGCAAGGCAUGUAGCAAGAAGUAUGCCAGCGCCAGCCUCCUAGGUAUCUUUUCCGCGUUGACCUUCGUCCUCGAAAACUUCGCGCUCGCGAACGGCCUCAGCGCGACCUUGGUGGUUCUGCUCAACAAGUGCGCGAUUCUGCCGGGCGUCAUCGGGGAGACCUGGCUGACGCGGACCGCGCCGUACCGCGCGCAGCUCCUCACCAUGGCGGCUUUGCUCUUGUGCAUCAUCGUCUACUCUCUCGGCGACGAGGGCGAAAUCAACAUGUCGCUCGUCGGGUUGCUCUUGGGCCUUGGUGCAGCCCUCUCAGACGCAGUCGGCGACAUCACCUUUGAGGCCACGGCGAAGUCCUGCCUCGACGACCUGGAGGAGGAUUCGGGUGCCGAGACGCCCAGGUGUUCCCUCGUGAACGAGGGGUACAAGUCCGUGUCCAACAUCAUUAUGAUGCUCGUAUUCGAGCGCGAGCACCUGUCGCGGGGUUUAUUCCAUGGCUGGGGCUUCCCCAUGCUGCCAUGCCGCUCCCCGUGAUGGUCUCGCUUUACAACACGGCCAUCUUGACGGCCGGCAACUUGAAGACCAGGAUCGCUGCGUCCGCCGAUGUCAUCAUCGCCUCCAUGAUGGAUACGCUUAUCUUGGGUGGCACGGUCAGGGUAUCAACAUUAUCGAAGGCGCCUACGGUAAAUCACCUCCGCCCCCUGCCUUACAGGAUACGACUGCGUUG